AUGGAGGAUCCUAAGAUCCAGCUGGUGGAAUACCAGGGAAAUCAAUACCAUGUCGUCAAGGAAGGGUUGGCGAAGAUUCUCAACCCGCCUGCCCAAGAAGCCGCUUCCAAGGGAACGAAGAAGGAUCUCAAAGAUGACGACCAAAUGCAAUCCGUCUUCUAUAACCCGAUUCAACAAUUCAAUCGCGACCUCAGUGUGCUAGCCAUUCGCGCUCAUGGAGAACAUAUCAUCGACCUGAAGAAACAGAAAGCGGCCCAGAAGCUGAAGAGGCAGGCAGGCAAUGGGGAAAAGAAACGGAAGCGUGAAGACGACCAGACAGAGAACCCGAGGCCUGCCCCCAACGCAGAACACAAGGAAAACACAGAGACCAACGACCAGCCGGUUUCCGCUGCCCCAGUUGACCAAGAACCACAAUCAGAAGCCCGAUUAGAGCAACCCGCACCUUCUUUCACUGUUCUUGAUGCUUUGUCUGCAACUGGGCUGCGCGCUCUUCGCUAUGCUUCGGAGCUUCCAUUUGUCACAAAAGUUGUGGCUAAUGACCUGUCAGAGUCAGCAAUCAAGUCCAUGAAGAAAAACAUCGACUACAACAAUCUCAAAACGAUUAAACCCAAUCUGGCCGAUGCUCGAGUUUACAUGUAUGGGCUUGACAACGCGAGCAAGUUCGACGUCAUUGAUUUGGAUCCAUACGGCACAGCUGCUCCAUUUAUGGAUGCCGCAGUUCAAGCAGCCAAAGAUGGUGGCCUUUUGUGUGUUACUUGCACUGAUGCUGGCGUCUGGGCCUCGACUGGUUAUUCAGAAAAAUCUUUCUCUCUGUACGGUGGUAUCCCCAUCAAAGGCCUCCACUCCCACGAGGGUGGCCUGCGAUUGAUUUUGAAUGCCAUUGCUAUGUCCGCAGCUAAGUAUGGAAUGGCUAUCGAGCCAUUAUUGUCUCUAUCUAUUGACUUUUACGCUCGUGUCUUUGUUCGGGUCUACCGAUCUCCCGCACAGGUCAAAUUUACAGCAGGCAACACGAUGCUCGUCUACAAUUGCGAUGUCGGCUGUGGCGCAUGGACAACGCAAUUCAUUGGUUGUAACAAAUCCAAAACGGACCGCAAGGGAAACCCCAUAUACAACCACACCCUGUCCCAAGGGCCCACAGCCGGACCUCACUGCGAGCAUUGCGGCACAAAAACACAUCUUGCAGGACCCAUGUGGGGUGGCCCGCUACACAAUCCUCAGUUUAUUCAGAAAAUCUUGGACAUGCUUCCUGGAGCUGAUCCCGAGACAUAUCAGACCUGUGCUCGGAUUGAGGGGAUGUUGACCACUGCCCUCGAAGAAGACCUGGACCUCACACCAUCUCAAUUCGAGUCAUCUACUCCCAAACGACCUGUGCCGAGCACAAAGCACCAUCAUGAUCCUGCAUACCCUGCCAUCAUUCCUCGAAUGGACGUCGCCGCUCAAGAAAAAUACCCUUUCUACUUCUCAAUCAGUGCUCUCGCAAAGGUUCUCCACACAACCACCCCUCCAAUCGACGAUUUCCGCGGUGCUCUCAGCCACCUCGGAUAUCGCUCUACUCGCAGCCACACCAAGCCAAACUCAAUCCGCACAGAUGCGCCCUGGGAGGUGAUUUGGGAGGUCAUGCGCGAGUGGGUCCGUCAGUGGUCACCUAUCAAGGAAACUUCCUUGAAGCCCGGAACCGCUGGUGCUGCGAUUAUGGGCAAGAGUCGUGAAAACCUGCGUAAAUUGAGCGACGAAGAUCAAUGGUUAUCUCUUCUCAAAAAAGAUCUGAUGUCUGCCGUUGAGGCUGGCAGAGAUAUUAGUGACUUGGUCACUAAGGUUGAAGCUGCUCUCUAUCGGUCUGGAUCGCGAACCUCCUGGAAAAGUGCUCCUGCUUCUGCAGAGAAGAGCUCCGAUGCUGAUCCCCAGCCUGUACCGGAAAAGGCACCUGCACAGCCCUUCAAGCGACCCCAUCCUAGCACGCUUGAGGUGGUAUUUGACGACGCUCUAGGCCGUGAGGUGUCUGCUGUGCAUACGAAGAAACGACUUGUGCGGUACCAGCUCAAUCCCCGUGCUAACUGGGGUCCCCUCAACCGUGCGGGGCGAUAA